GCGCGUCAAACCACAUGAUCCCGUAAAACAUUCAUCCGCUCCCGGCCCGCCGCCCUCGCCUCCGCGCCGCCGCCCGCCAGCCCAGCCGACCGGGCGGAGCGCGCAGCCUCGUCCCGCGGCCGGGCCGGGGCCGGGCCGGAGCGGCGGCGCCUGGAUGCGGACCCGGCCGCGGGAAGACGGGCGCCGGCCCCGGAGCGACUUUCGGUCCCCGACGCGCCCCGCCCGACCCCUAAGAUGAAGAGGGCGUCCGCUGGAGGGAGCCAGCUGCUGGCCUGGGUGCUGUGGUUGCAGGCGUGGAGGGUGGCAGCACCGUGCCCGGGCGCCUGUGUGUGCUACAACGAGCCCAAGGUGACCACGAGCUGCCCGCAGCAGGGUCUCCAGGCUGUGCCUGCUGACAUCCCAGCCGCCAGCCAGCGUGUCUUCCUGCACGGGAACCGCAUCACAUACGUGCCAGCCGCCAGCUUCCGUGCCUGCCGCAACCUUACCAUCCUGUGGCUGCACUCAAAUGCACUGGCCCGCAUUGAUGCCACCGCCUUCGCCGGCCUGGCGCUCCUGGAGCAGCUGGACCUCAGCGACAACGCACAGCUGCGUGCCGUGGACCCCGCCACGUUCCGCGGCCUGGGCCGCCUGCACACCCUGCACCUGGACCGCUGCGGCCUGCAGGAGCUGGGCCCUGGCCUUUUCCGGGGCCUGGCUGCCCUGCAGUACCUCUAUCUGCAGGAUAAUGGGCUGCAGGCACUGCCUGACGACGCCUUCCGCGACCUGGGCAACCUCACGCACCUCUUCCUGCACGGCAACCGCAUCCCCAGUGUGCCGGAGCGCGCCUUCCGGGGCCUGCACAGUCUCGAUCGCCUCCUGCUGCACCAGAACCGAGUGGCCCACGUGCACCCGCACGCCUUCCGUGACCUGGGCCGCCUCAUGACUCUCUAUCUGUUUGCCAACAACCUCUCGGCACUGUCUGCAGAGGCCCUGGUGCCCCUGCGUGCCCUGCAGUACCUGCGGCUCAACGACAACCCCUGGGUGUGCGACUGCCGGGCACGCCCACUCUGGGCCUGGCUGCAGCAGUUCCGUGGCUCCUCGUCUGAGCUGCCUUGCAGCCUGCCCCCACGCCUGGCUGGCCGUGACCUCAAGCGCUUGGCCACCACCGACCUGGAGGGCUGCUUCGUGGCUGCCGGGCCCUCCCGUCCUAUCCGGACCGGCGGGCCUGCCGACGAGGAGCUGCUGGGGCUGCCCAAGUGCUGCCAGCCGGAUGCUGCAGACAAGGCCUCGGUGCUGGAGGCCGGGAGCCCGGCCUCAGCCGGCAAUGCGCUUAAGGGACGUGUGCCAUCUGGUGACAGCCCACCUGGCAACCGUUCUGGCCCUCGACACAUCAACGACUCCCCCUUCGGGACCCUGCCUGGCUCGGCCGAGCCCCCUCUGACCGUUGUGCGGCCAGAGGGCGCAGAGCCCCCGGGGCCCCCCACCACAGGCCCGCGCCGGCGGCCAGGCUGUUCCCGAAAGAACCGCACCCGCAGCCAGUGCCGUCUGGGCCAGGCGGGCAGCGGGGGCAGCGGGGCUGGCGAGGUGGAGGGCUCGGGCGCCCUGCCCAGCCUCACCUGCAGCCUCGUGCCCCUGGGCCUUGUGCUGGUGCUGUGGACGGUGCUUGGGCCCUGUUGACCAGCCGCCAACCGCAGGGCCUCUCUUCAGCAGCCAGGUGUGUGUACAUAUGGGGUCCCUUCCACGCCGCCAGCCAGCACCGGGCAGCAGGCCCUCCCCGACGGCGCCUUCCGCCCACCUGCCCUCCCGCCCCAUCUCCACCCCAUCAUGUUUACAGGGUGUGGUGGGGGCGUUUGUUCCAGAACGCCGCCUCCCACCCGGAUCGCGGUAUAUAGAGAUAUGCAUUUUAUUUUACUUGUGUAAAAAUAUCGGAUGACGUGGAAUAAAGAGCUCUUUUCUUACA